AAACAUUUUGAUGCAUGAAUAUUAAAGCACUGAGUAUCAAACCAUCCUAUAUUUGACAACUGUACUAUUAAAACCAAUUAAAAUGAUACACAAAGGGUUAUUAAUCAUUCUCAGUAUAACAAAAAAAGUACUAUCUAGAAUGUUGAAAGAUUCAGUAACAAUAGUGUACCCACUGGCUGUUGACAAUCCAUCGAGAUUUCGCUUAUCCUGGUCAGACUUUUUGUUGAACUCAAGAAAAACUAAUAUAAGUUAUAGGGAAUCGAUCUUACCGACUUUCGUCGCGAAGCGACGAAAAUCGGGAUCGAAUCCCACUACGGUAACAUACGAGGGUAUCCAAACAACACAUACUAUCCAAAUAAAAAAAUAUGGAGUUCCGGUUUAGACCAUGGGCGUGCGACGACCCCGAUGAAAUUCGGGAUAUCACGGUCUUUGUUAAUAUUAAUAAGCGUCCGUCAGAUCAGUAGGCGAAACGCAAUAUCCGCACAAUAAGAUGUCUGCGACCCGAAAGAAUAUUCAAAAAUAUGGACGGCACUCCAGUACAGCAUGUGCAUGGUUGGACCUGUUGACAUUUUUAGAAACGCAUCUUGGUCUAUUAUACAGAGUAUUGUUGUACUGCUCCAAAGUGCUUGUUGACAGACUGGAACCACUUGCUUGCGGCUCAUACGGUUCACUUCUUGAGAGCAGGCAGCUACAAAAUGGAAGGUCAACAAAUCCAGUAUACUUGAAAAGCAAGAAAGAAAUACCAGAAAAUAUAAAAAGACAGAAAAACAAGGGAACUUUAAUAAAAAAAAAAACUUUUAAGGAUAGGAAUUCAGGAUUUAUUUAGAAACUAAAUUUAUUUUGAGAACAGCAGUGUUUGACUAAGCUCUGUUACUUUAAGAGAUAAUGUAUUGUCACAUUGGUUUUGUUAUUGUCGAGCCCGCUUGCGGAAGCGAAGACAUAUUUGUCCAAAUGUCUAUUCGGUGUAUGUGCGUGCGUGCGUCCGUUCGGAUUUGUUUGUCCGGACCAUAAUUUGGACAUGCAUGGAGCAAUCUUGUUUAUAUAUGGUAUGAAUGUUAACCUCAGUGAGAUGGAGUGUCAUGCGCAAGCCCCAGGUUCCUAUCUCAAAAGUCAAGAUCACACUUACAGGUCAAAGGUCAAAUUCAAAAAUGACUUUGUCCGGAGCAUUUCUUCUUCAUGCAUGGAGGGAUUUUGAUGUAACUUGGCACAAUUGUUCACCAUCAUGAGAUAGAGUGUCAUGCGCAAGAACCAGGUUCCUAGGUCUAAGGUCAAGGUCACACUUAAAGGUCAAAGGAUACAAGAAUGACAACUUUGUCUGGAACAUUUCUUCUUCAUGCAUGGAGGGACUUUGAUGUAACUUGGCACAAAUGUUCACCACCAUGAGACGGAGUGUCAUGCGGAAGAACCAGGUCCCUAGGUCUAAGGUCAAGAUCACACUUGGAGGUCAAAAGUCAGAUACAAGAAUUACUUUGUCUGGAGCAUUUCUUUUUGAUGCAUAGAGGGAUUUUGAUGUAACUUGGCACAAUUGUUCAUCAUCAUGCGACGGAGUGUCAUCAUAAAAUCCUAGAAUUACUUCCCUUUGUUGUUACUAUAAAUAGCUUACAUUUGUAACUUUUUUAUUACUGGUCGUAGGGAAAAAUCAAGACCACUUUCCUGUAGUACAACAUGCAUGUUACAUCAAAUUUUCAGGUGUAUUUUGACCUAUCUCUGCUGGUGCGGAUUUUUGUGUGGACUUAGAAUUUUUUUUAUAUUUUUUUUUUUAUUUUUUUUUUUUUAAUUUUACGUUCCUUUUUUGUUACUGUAAAUAACUUAUAUUGUAACUUUUUGCAAUCUCUUUUAUUUGGCAUAAAUGUUUGCCUCAAUGAGACAAGGAGUGUCAUACACAACUCCCAGUCCUUUUGACAGCUGGCGGGCUUGACAUAUUGCCCAUGGGCAUCUAGUUCUCAUAUUUUUCAUGAGAUUUUAAAGAGAAUGUUCUGUUAUACCCCCAUGUAGUAAGCUUGUCUGUCUUUCAGUCAGUAGGUUUUCAUGGCUUCCAGAUGAUAACUCAUGAAAAGCUUGAUCGCUUUAAAUAUUGUUUUUGGUACAUAGUUACAGGUCAAGUUUGACUUCGGGUCAGUAGGUCAAAGGUCAAGAUAACUUGCAAAGGCUUUGGCCUGGGAUCAUAGCUUUUGUAACACAGGUGUUACAUGAUAAAAUACAGGUUGUUUGAAUUUGAGGUCAAUAGAUCAAAGGUCAAGGUCACAGUGACCUUGAACAGUUGAACCGUUUCCGAAUGAUAACUUGAGACCUUGAGCCUAGGAUGAUAAAGUUUGGUACACAGGUGUCACAUCAUGAAAUAUAGGUCAAGUUUUUCUUUGAGGUCAGUAGGUCAAGGUCACAAUAAGGCAAAACAGAGAAAUGUUUUUCAGAUUAUAAUUUGAGAAUGCUUGAUCAUGGAUCAUGAAAAUUGUUAGGGAGGUUGAUUAUGACCAGCAGGUGGCCCCUAAUGAUGUUGAGGUCAGUAGGUCACAGGUCAAGGUCACACUGACCCAGUUCUUUAAAAUGAUGCACGGAGGGGCACCUGGGGUCUUCCUCCACCAUUAAAACUGGAAAGUCGCCAUAUGACCUAUCCUGUGUCGGUGUGAUGUUAAGUUCAACAAAAUAAAUAACGGUUCUUUAAAACGGUUUUUGGACAAUAACUUCAGGAUGCUUGGGAUGAGAAACACAAAAUUUAGUACAAGGUUGGUCUUGACCAGCAGGUUACCUGUAUUGAUUUAGAGUUCCAAAGGUCAGGAUGACCCGGAACAUUUAAACCUUUUCCAUACAAAACUUGAGAACACUUGGGCGGAGGAUCAUGAAACUAUAGAGAUUGAAUUUGAGGUCAUUAGGUCAUAGCUCAAGAAAAUGCUGCUUUGAUAUUGGCUUAGUUCUGCGAUAAGGCCAUAUUGUAGGGGUAUAAUUCGUCACUCUUGUGACAACUCUAGUGUUUAGCUCACCUGAGCACAAAGUGCUCAAGGUGAGCUUUUGUGAUCGCCCUGUGUCCGUCCGUUGUCAACAAUUUGACUGUUAACACUCUAGAGGUCACAAUUUUGACCUAAUCUUUAUGAAACUUGGUCAGAAUGUUACCCUCAAUAAAAUCUUGGACACAUUUGAUGUUUGGUUAUCUUGGAUCAAAAAACUAGGUCACCAAGUCAAAUCAAAGGAAAAGCUUGUUAACACCGUAGAGGUCACAUUUAAGGCUAUAUCUUCAUGAAACUUGGUCAGAAUGUUAAUCUUGAUGAUCUCAAGGUCCAGUCUGAAUCUGGGUUAUGUAGGGUCAAAAACUAGGUCAAAUCAAAGGAAAAGCUAGUUUACACUCUAGAAGCCAAAUUUAUGACCAUACCUUAAUGAAACUUGGUCAAAAUGUUAAUCUUAAUGAUCCAUAGAUCAGAUUCAAAUCUGGGUCAAGUGGGGUCAAAAACUAGGUCACCAGGUUAAAUCAAGGGAAAAGCUUGUUAACACUCUAGAGGUCACAGUUUUGGCCCAAUCUUAAUGAAACUUGGUCAAAAUGUUACCCUCAAUUAAAUAUUGGACAAGUUUGAUAUUAGGUCGUCUAGGGUAAAAAACUAGGUCAUCAGGUCAAAUCAAAGGAAAAGCUUGUUAACACUGUAGUGGCCACAUUUAUGACCAUAUCUUAAUGAAACUUUGUCAGAAUUUUAAUCUUUAUGAUCUAUAGGCCAAGUUAAAUCUAGUUUAGGUGGGAUUAAAAAUUAGGUUACUAGGUCAAAUCAAAGGAACAGCUUGUUAACACUCCAGAGGCCACAUUUAUGACUGCAUCUUCAUGAAACUUCAUCAGAAUGUUAAUCUUGAUGAUCUUUCAGUCAAGUUUGAAUCUGGGUCAUGUGGGCUCAAAAGCUAGGUCACCAAGUCAAAUCAAAGGAAAAGCUAGUUAACUCUUUUAGAGGCUACAUUUAUGAUCAUAUCUUAAUUUAUCCUGUCACUUGCAGUAUUUUCGACCCGAUAUCAGGGUGCCGUAUAUCUUUCUUGAUAUACCGUCAGUUGACACGUGACCAGUGAUAUACGGUCAGUUGAUCAUGUAACCUUAUGAUCGAUAUUGUUGUCAUAAGAAAUUUUGCAUUGAAACCAUUACCAUUGUGUUGGAAAUGUCCGAACUAAGAAAAUGAGUGGUCAAAUAAUGAGUUUUUAUUCAAAAACGAAGAAGUUAUUGCGAUUUUUAAUUGUAACCACAUUACUGUGACGGUGAUUACGUCAUUAUAUAAGUGACGUCAUUACGAAUAUGACGUCAUUAAAACGGUUGUCGCAUACUUAUUUUUGUAAAAUGAAUUGCCAAAUAUGGGAAAAUGAAGUCAUGACAAGAUAAAUAGAAUAAUAGGUUAGUGCCUAAGAUGGAGAAAGUUUAUCUGGCUCGGCUCCGGACGUUAUCAGGUUCGCCUUCGGCUCACCCGAUAACCUCCUCCACCUCGCCAGAUAAACUUUCUCAUCUACGGCACUAACCUAUUAUUCUCUAUGUAACUUGGUCAGAAUGUUGAUCUUUAUGUCAAUAUGUCAGGUGAGCGAUACAGGGACAUCAUGGCCCCUCUUGUUUGUUUGUUCUUGUUGUAAGAGAAAUUGUACAUUUUAGAAUACAGAUUACAGCAAGUCACAAUUUCUUUAUUUUAACAAUACUUAUUUCAAAGCCUGACAAAAGCAUCCAGUACUGUUAUUAAAAGUUGUUAUUCACAGUUCAGCUAUAUUUCAUGUAUGAAUAAAUCAAGUUAUGUGAUCUGUGAUCAUUAUAAAUGUGUAUACAGAUAAAACUUAAACAUGUGAACAGUUUAUUCAAUAAAUAAAGUGUAAUGCAAGUCUUUGUGAUGUGUAUAUAAAAACAAAAUUAGGAUUUGUUUUACGAGUAAUUUCAGAAUUACAAUUAACACAAAUAGAAAAAACCAAGCCUGCACAAGAAGGCUAAUAUGUCUCCCUAGACUGAGCUCUUAACCUGCCGUGGUGCAAAUAGAUUGUUAAUGUGUGUCUGUCUGUUAAGUCUUGUUAACAGUGAGUUGCAAUCUAGUAACUUUUCAGUUUGUAUGAUUUUUAGCUCACCUGAGCACAGCGUGAGCUGUUGUGAUCACCUUAAGUCUGUCAUUGUGCUUCUCAACAAUUUGCCUGUUAUUAAACACCCUAGUAGACAGUUUUUUUUAAAUGUUAAAGGGAUGAGUUGAAGUCUGGUCGAUUCCCGAUUGAGGCAGUGCCUUAUUUCAUAUUAU